AUGGGCAAGGUUCACGGAAGUUUGGCCCGUGCCGGCAAGGUCAAGUCUCAGACUCCCAAGGUCGAGAAGCAAGAGAAGAAGAAGACUCCUAAGGGCCGUGCGAAGAAGAGACUCACUUACACUCGCCGGUUCGUCAACAUCACGUUGACUGGCGGCAAGCGCAAGAUGAACCCCAACCCGGGCUCCUAA